AUGGCGCUGUGGCUGCUGCUGGCCUGGGCGCCCCUGCUGGGCCCGUGGGGCGGGCUGUGCGCGGCCGAGCGCCACACCGUCUUUUGGAACAGCACCAACCCCAAGUUUCUAUGGGAUGACUACGCCGUUCAGGUACAUCUCAACGAUUACCUGGAUAUCAUCUGUCCACACUACGAGGACGGCAGCGUCCCCCUGCACUCCAUGGAGCGCUACACCCUCUACCUGGUGGAGCAGGAGGAGUACGAAACAUGCAAGCCGCGCUCAAAGGACCAGAUCCGCUGGGAGUGUGACCGGCCGGACGCCCUGCAUGGGCCAGAACGCUUCUCCGAGAAAUUCCAGCGGUUCACACCGUUCACACUCGGCAAAGAGUUUCGGGAGGGUCACGCAUACUAUUACAUCUCAAAGCCAAUCCAUCGCCACGGAGAUACCUGCCUCAAGCUGAAGGUGAUGGUGGCUGGAAAAAGCACUCGGACACCGCCUGGCCGCGCUCCCACCCAGAAGGGGAGACUCCAGUCAGAUGACCCCGAUGCCCCGAUGUUGCGGAGCGUGGGCCAGAACUCCGCGCCCCGGCCCUGCAGCCCUUUCACGUUCAUCGGCCUCUUGGUCCCGCUACUGCUGUGGCACGGACUCUGA